UGAGGUCCUCAAUAAUGUUUAAGAAUGUAAGAGGGUCUUGAGACCAAAAAGUUUGAGAACUACUCUUCUCAAGUAUCUGUUUUUGCUUUCAGCCUAGUUUCCUCAUGGUUGCAAAGGAGCUGCCACAUCUUAAACAUCACAAUAACGUCCCAAGUCCUUUUCCCUGGGCCUGAUUUCAGUAAAGAGGAUUUUCCCAGAAGUCCCUCAUCAGAACUUCCAUCAUGUUUCAUGGCCAGAAUUAUAUCACACAUUUAUUCCUCAAUAAACACCAUUGGCAGGCAAUGGGAGUGAUCCAUUCCUUGGGGCCAAAUCCUGCUUCCCUGAAAGCUUGUCCUCCAGAUGCUUGAACAUAAUUCUGGUUUAUUUAGCAAGGGAGAAAGGGGGUGCACAUAACUUAAGACACAGGUUCAGAUGCAUUUUGGUCGACAGGAAGUGGAAUGCAAGCCUUUAGCUGCUUAUUAAGAACUGACCUGAAAGUAGUAGAUUCAUUUACAUUCCUAUCUCAUUUGCCACACCAGGUCACAAGGGCACCGUGUAUUGCAAGGAAGACUGGGAAAUGUAGUCUUGAGCUGCGUAGCUGUGUGCCUAGCUAAACUUGGGAUACUAUUCUUAUAAGGCAAAGGGGGAGAAUGUAGGUAGAAUGUUAGUAGAUAGUCUUUGCCACACCCAUUGAAUGAACAAAUGAAUCCAUGGGAUAAUGGAUGGAGUUAUGGAUCCACUGAUGACCCAUUGACUGUAAAGAUGAGCUGAAAGACUUGACAAACUCUGGGUUGAUUCAUUGCCUGAAAGGAGAUAGUUCAGCAAUGUCACCUUCUUCAUCUUUGGGCCUCUCAUGAUGUUCCUGAUGCACCCCUAUGCCCAGAAACGCUCCCGCUCCAUUUACGCCCUCUGUGUCCUCUUCAUGGUCAUAGGCCUGUUCUCCAUGUACUUCCACAUGACGCUCAGCUUCCUGGGCCAACUGCUGGACGAGAUCUCUAUUCUGUGGUUGCUGGCUGGUGGCUACAGCAUAUGGAUGCCCCGCUGCUACUUUCCCACCUUCCUAGGGGAAAACAGGCCCCAGUUUAUCUGCCUGGUUGUCAUCGCCACCAUGGUCAGUACCUUCCUGUCCUUCCUGAGGCCUACGGUGAACGCAUAUGCCCUCAACAGCAUCGCCGUGCAUAUCCUCUACAUCGUGUUCAAGGAGUACAAGAAGACCAGUAAUAAGGAGCUUCGACAUCUCAUUGAGGUCUCCGUGGUUUUGUGGGCUUUUGCAUUGACCAGCUGGAUCAGUGACCGCUUCCUUUGCAGUUUCUGGCAGCAGAUUAAUUUCUCCUACAUGCACAGCAUCUGGCAUUUGUUCAUCAGCAUCACCUUCCCUUAUGGCAUGGUCACCAUGGCCUUGGUGGACGCCAGGUAUGAGAUGCCAAACCAAACCCUCAAAGUCCGCUACUGGCCUCGGGACACGUGGCCCGUGGGGCUGCCCUACGUGGAAAUCAGUGGUGACCACAAGAACUGCUGAAGUCUGCCGGUCUCUGGACUCCCCAACCACCAGCCAACUCACCUGUGUCUUGAGGAGAGAGGCUUAGAUCGGGAGUCUGAGAGCACACACAGUUCUUCCUCCAGCUCCCUUUCCUCAUCCUCCUUGUCCUGCAUGACCCCACUCCAAGGCAGGGGAUGGACAUCAAGACUUCUCUGAGCAGCAGACUGAUGACCCUGCAGGGCUGCCAGGCAUAGCUCCCCUUCCUGACCUGCCCUGUUCUCUUUCAUCUCCUCCUCAUGCUUGUGUUCACUGCCACCCUGCUGUCACACAACCUGGAGGGACUGGAUGACCAGCUGCUAUGAUUACAUGGCUUCUACUGGGAUGGCCUUGGGCCACAUGCAGCUUACUCAUAGUGGCAGUCACUACCAGACUCUUUGGACCUGACUUUGGUCUUGCACUGUCCUUGGUACUUAGGGGCCACCCUUAAGAAUGGACAUGUUUUCCGGUAACCUCAUUCCACCCUCACUCAUGCAUGCAGAGACCUUGCAGGCCUCCACACAGGCUCACACAUGGACAGUGUGGCCAUCCCACUGGUUGACAGCAGAGCAACAUGGACACCUGGAUGGGCAAUCUGGAUGCUGUGGGGCACGGAGGGGAUCUGGGGUGGCCAGUAUAGGCUCUCAAAGCAAGGGGAGAAGGGGCAUAUGUAUUUCUUUGUGGUUAAGAACACAGGGCGUGGAGUUGGGAGACCUAAGUUUGAAUCCUGCUCCACCAUUUCCUAGUUGUAUCAUCUGGGGGAAGUGAUUUUUUCUACAUCUGAAGUUCAAACCUCUUGUCUAUAAAAUGGAAAUAUUCCUUCCUUCAUGAAAUUUCUGUGUGGAUAAAACAAGAUAAGGCAUGUAAAGUGCUUAGCAUGGAGUCUGAUAAACAUCUAUCCAUAUACUCA